AGGGAUAUCAUUGCUGAUGUCAGAUGGAUCCUGGCUGAAACCAGAGAAUGCCAGAAGGAUGUUUACCUGUGUUUUAUUGAUUAUACAAAGGCAUUUGACUGUGUGGAUCAUAAGAAACUAUGGAUAACAUUAGGAAGAAUGGGAAUUCCAGAACACUUAAUUGUGCUCAUGAGGAACCUUUACAUAGAUCAAGAGGCAGUUGUUCGGACAGAACAAGAGGAUACUGAUUGGUUUAAAGUCAAGAAAGGUGUGCAUCAGGGUUGCAUUCUUUCACCAUACCUAUUUAAUCUGUAUGCUGAACAAAUAAUAUGAGAAGCUGGACUAUAUGAAGAAGAACGGGGCAUCAGGAUCGGAGGAAGACUCUUUAACAACCUGUGUUAUGUAGAUGACACAAUCUUGCAUGCUGAAAGUGAAGAGGACUUGAAACACUCACUAAUGAAGGUCAAAGAUCACAGCCUUCAGUAUGGAUUACACCUCAACGUACAGAAAACAAAAAUCCUCACAAGUGGACCAAUGAGCAACAUCAUGAUAAAUGGAGAAAAGGUUGAAGUUGUCAAGGAUUUCAUUUUACUUGGAUCUACAAUCAACACCCAUGGGCAAAGAUAUGCGUUGGGCAAAUCUGCUGCAAAGGACCUCUUUAAAGUGUUGAAGAGCAAAGAUGUCACCCUGAAGACUAAGGUGUGCCUGACCCAAGCCAUGGUGUUUUCAAUUGCAUCAUAUGCAUGUGAAAGCUGGACAAUGAAUAAGGAAGACUGAAGAAGAGUUGACGCCUUUGAAUUGUGGUUUUGGUGAAGAAUAUUGAAUAUACCACGGACUGCCAAAAGAACAAACAAAUCUGUUUUAGAAGAAGUACAGCCAGAAUGCUCCUUAGAAGCAAGGAUGGCGAGACUGCCUCUUAAAUACUUUGGACAUGUUGUCAGGAGGGAUCGGUCCCUGGAGAAGGACAUCAUGCUUGGCAGAGUACAGGGUCAUCAAAAAAGAGGAAGAUCCUAAACGAGGUGGAUUGACACAGUGGCUGCAACAAUCGGCUCAAGCAUAACAACAAUUGUGAGGAUGGUGCAGGACCGGGCAGUGUUUCGUUCUGUUGUGCGUAGGGUCGCUAUGAGUCGGAACCGACUCAACGGCACCUGACAACAACGACAACAACAGAGGCUUAGCAACCACAACACGAAACCACAGAAGAAGCUGGAAAUGUAAUUUCAACAGGGAAUAUUAGUAGAGGGCUCCCACAGAUCACAAGGACUCCAUGAACUACUCUAUAUAAUAAUAUGCAGUACGUAUGGGCACUGUGGGAAAAUGGAGGCAAAUACAAAAAAGACACAAAAAAGGCAACAUUUUAGCUACAUCAUCUCGUCUACCACAAGGUAUCCUCUUGAUAAAAAAAAAGAGAUCAGUAACGCAAGCUGACUGAUGCUCAACUAUGUCUAUGUAUCAGGUUUACCCUGGAAAAUGGAGAACAAGUGAGAGAGCCAGGAAGAUGGCCUCCCUUUCCUCUCUUCUUAGUUGGGAAAAUUAUCCAAGAAGGCAUCUGGCAGAGGAGAAAUGGAGAACUUUUUAUAUACGUAUUUUCAAAAGAACAGAGAACUAAGUGUUUUCCUGGGGGAGGGGGGCAGAUUUUAAGCUUUACCUCUGUUCCCAUUACAGAUAUUCCAUUUAUGCUCUGUGUCGUUUGAAAAGGACAAAGAUAAUGAUCCUGGACAUCCUAAUUCUUUUCACUUUUGUCAUGUGCUCCAUCUUUAUUCUCAUUCUUGCAGGUAAAAUUAGGCAGCUGCAUUUGGCACCCAUCCAAUGAAUAGUGACAUGUGGGAAGGAUGGCCAUGGACAAUGCUACAGCAAUGACUGAAUUUCUUCUUAUUGGCAUUUCUAACUAUCCUGAAUGGAGAGUCACGUUUUUCACAUUGGUGCUGAUAACUUACCUCAGCACCUUGUUGGGGAAUGGACUUAUCAUCUUUCUUGUCCACUUUGACCCCCACCUCCACACUCCAAUGUAUUUCUUCCUUAGUAACUUGUCUUUCUUAGACCUUUGCUAUGGAACAGUCUCCAUGCCCCAAGCCUUGGUGCACUGUUUCUCUACUCAUCCCUACCUCUCUUACCUAUGACGUCUGACCCAAAUGAGUGUCUCUUUGGUCUUGGCCACAGCAGAGUGUCUCCCACUGGCCAUCAUGGCCUAUGACCGUGUGGUUGCUAUCAGCAAUCCCCUGCGCUAUUCUGUGGUCAUGAAUGGUCCAGUGUGUGCCUGGCUGGCUGCUAUGUCAUGGGGGGCAUCACUGGUGCUCACUGCCAUGCUCAUCUUAUCCUUGCGACUUCGCUUCUGUGAGGCUAAUGUCAUCAACCAUUUUGUCUGCGAGAUCCUCUCCCUCCUUAAGCUGGCCUGUUCUGAUACCAGUCUCAAUGAGCUUAUGAUCCUCAUCACUGGUAUCUUCACCCUGCUUCUACCCUUUGGGUUUGUUCUCCUCUCCUAUAUUCAAAUUGCUGCUGCUGUCCUGAAGAUUCGCACAGCCCAGGGUAGGUUCAAAGCCUUUUCCACCUGCGGGUCUCACCUGACUGUGGUGACAAUAUUCUAUGGGGCAGCGAUCUCCAUGUAUAUGAAACCUCAGUCAAAGUCCUCACCAGACCAGGACAAGUUUAUCUCAGUGUUCUAUGGGGCUUUGACACCCAUGUUGAACCCCCUGAUAUACAGCCUGAGGAACAAGGAUGUUAAAGGGGCAAUAAAGAAAGUUAUGGCAAAAAGGGCACAGACCACCUUUGCUUCUAAACUUCUAAAAUAUCACUCAGCUAUGUCUUCAUCACGUUGA